AUGGCAUUCCCUCCUUCCCGCUUCAGUAACAGGCCUAAAAAUAGCUCGUCCCAGAGGGGCUAGGGAGAGGCUCCGCCCCUCUUUGGGGUGGGGUGGGGCGGCUGUCGCGGGAGCGGGAGGCAUCAGAGACCCCGGGCCUCCAGCUGCUGGCGCCAAAGGUUCUCUGUGUCCCCGGUCCCGCAGGUUGGCAGCACUGGGUGGCCGGGAGGCUCUGUCACGCGCCCUCGAGAGUCCGCGCUACUCGGGGCCGAGGAAGCAGCCCAGGCCGGCGCUGCGGCGAGGAUUCCGGGAACGGCCUCGGUCCGGGGCGGUGGAGCGAGUCGGGAGGCUGGGCCGGGGCGGCGGAGCGGAGCCGCCAGCUCGCGACCUCUGCCCGCCCCCCAGGCUCCGGGGACCCCCAGAUGUGGGAAAAGAAGUCUGCUGAUAAUUCAGUCUGCAGAAAGUACGGCGUGCCUGCCCUCUGGGAUGUGUGGUUUCCAGGCCCUCUCUCAGCUCCUGUGCCUGCUGCCGUGGUCUUGGUGGCACCCUUCCCCGGUGGUCAGCCCAGGGCUCCCCCCGUCCAUGCAGUCCCACGCUACCACCGCCCAGGGCCUCAGCGACCCCCUCUUCGCGGCCUACACUCUCCCCGCCUUCAAAUUCCAGCCUCGCCGUGAGAGGAUGGACUGGAGGCGCAUUAGCGCCCUGGACGUGGACCGCGUGGCACGGGAGCUGGACGUGGCCACCCUGCAGGAGACCAUCGUCAGCGUCACCUUCUGCAACCUGGACCGGGAGGUGUGCGGCCGCUGCGGGCAGCCUGUGGACCCGGCGCUGCUCAAGGUGCUGCGGCUGGCGCAGCUCAGCAUCGAGUACCUGCUGCACUGCCAGGACUGCCUGAGCGCCAGCGUGGCCCAGCUGGAGGCGCGGCUGCAGGCCAGCCUGGGCCAGCAGGAGCGCGGCCAGCAGGAGCUGGGCCGCCAGGCUGACGAGCUCAGGGGCGUGCGGGAGGAGAGCCGCCGGCGGCGCAAGAUGAUCAGCGCCCUGCAGCAGCUGCUCCUGCAGACGGGUGCCCACAGCUACCGUGCGUGCCACCUGUGUGACAAGACCUUCAUGAACGCCACCUUUCUCCGGGGCCACAUCCAGCGCAGACAUACGGGCAUGGUGGAAGGUGUGGACCCCACAGGAAAGCAGAAGAAGCAGGAGCAGCCAGUGGAGGAGGUGUUGGAAGAGCUGUGGGCCAAGCUGAAGUGGACCCAAGGGGAGCUGGAAGCGCAGAGGGCGGCGGAGAGGCAGCGGCAGCUUCAGGAAGCAGAGAUCACUCGCCAGAGGGAAGCAGAAGCUAAGAAAGAAUUUGAUGAAUGGAAAGAAAAAGAGCAGGCCAAGCUCUACGGGGAAAUAGACAAGCUCAAAAAAUUAUUUUGGGAUGAAUUUAAAAGUGUUGCCAACCAGAACUCUACGCUAGAAGAGAAACUGCAGGCACUGCAGUCCCACAAGGUGUUGAAGUCCAACCUCGGGUCCCUGCAGGAUGAGGAGCCCGAGGAACGACUCAGGCAGGCUCAGGAGCUCCGGGACCUGAAGGAGAAGAUGGAGAUUCAGAAAACAGAAUGGAAGAGAAAAAUGAAGGCAUUGCAGGAAGAGCAUGCAGCUCAGAAGAGAGAGCUGCAGGAGCAGAACGAGAGGCUCCAGGCCUCCCUGUCUCAGGAUCAGAGGAAAGCAGCGAUCCAGGCCCAGCGCCAGAUCACUGCCCUUCGCGCCCAGCUCCAGGAGCAAACCAGGCUCAUCGCCUCCCAGGAGGAGAUGAUCCAGACCAUGUCUCUCAGGAAGGUGGAGGGGAUCCGCAAGGGCCCGAAGGCUGUGGACACGGAGAAGGACUCUUCUGAGGAAGAGCUGGAGGACUCCCGCAGUGGACAGCAGAAGCUGCUGGCAGCUCUCAGUCGAAACCCCACCUUGCUGAAGCAGUUCAGGCCAGUCCUGGAGGACACCCUGGAGGAGAAGCUGGAAAGCAUGGGGAUAAAGCGAGAUGCAAAGGGAAUCCCUGCUCACACCCUCCGACACCUGGAGUCCCUCCUGCGAGCCCAGCGGGAGCAAAAGGCGGGGAGGUUUUCUGAAUUUCUGAGUCUGAGGGAGAAGCUCAUCAAGGAAGCCAGCAGCAGAGUGAAGGAGGAGAGACAGUGGAACAGGGCCCCGGUGUCCCAGCCAGACGGCGAGGCUCCAGUCAAAAGCCAGCAGAGCACACCGGUCACCAAAGAGGCCCAGCCAAAGGCCAGGACCCUGCACGUGGCACAGUCAUCCAAGCCGGCAGAGUCCCCCGUGUCACCUCUUCAGAGCCGCGGCAGCCACGGCCCGGGCCUGGCUCAGGGGCCCACCCCUACUCCUGGCUCCAGAGCGCCUGGGCCCUCCAGCACCCUGGCUUCCCUGGGGCCCGGGCUGAGCAGUACGCCCCCGUUCAGUUCCGAAGAGGACUCGGAGGCAGAUGCCGGCUCUCAUGCGUCCCUCCAGCCCCCGAGAGUUCCUUUGAGGCUGGGGCCCCGGCCGCAGGAUGACUGGGGCUGGUCUGACACCGAGACCUCGGAGGGGAGCGCCCGGACGCCUGGCAAGGGCUCAGGAACACUGGUGCGGUCGAUGGUCAGAAAUCAUGAGAAGCAGCUGGAGACUUCGGCCAAGAAACCUGCUGGAGAGGUCAGUCUGUUCUCCAAGCCCAAUGCCCGGCCACAGAGGGCUGCUGUGCCAGGAGGGAAGCCCCAGCUUUCUGAAGAUGAGAGUGACUUGGAGAUCUCUUGCUUGGAAGAUCUCCCCCAGGACUUGAACCAGAGAGAGAAACCAAAGCCCUUGCCUCGCUCGAAGCCCCCAGAGAAGAUUGGUGCCAGCUCUUGGAGCCCUGGUCAGCCCCGGGUCCCUGGCUGGUGAUCCCGCCCCAGAACCUGGCGGCCAGAGGACCAGCCUUGUCGCCCAGCUGGGUGGGGCUGGCUCACGGUCCAUCCCAACAGAUGGGGCUGCCGGGCCUCUUGUCUUCACCAGUAACCGAGAGGUCUUCUCCCCUGGAGAGAAGCAGAGCAGAAGAUGGAUAUGAUCUCUCCCGCCCGCUGUGAGGGGCCCUGGCAGUGCCCCUGGGUCCCAGGGCUUGAGAAGGGGUUGUAACAGGACCUCAGAGCAGCACCCUUCCUCCACCUCCACGUUCACUCCAGACUGAAAGGAAACACCUGGUCUCUAGUCCGGAGCGUUUUGUAAACCUGCAGGAACACUGUAGAGAUGGGUCUUUUAUGGGGUCCUUUUGGGGACUUAUGCCUGAGUCAGUCAUCCACUGACUGACCCAAAGCCAUUUACUGAGGUCUCCAGCCUCUCACUGCUGAGUUGGGGUAGAGGCAGAGAUGGGGGGUGAAAAGGACAGGGUCAUAAUCUGUUGACAGAGAUUAGGAUGCUAUGGGAGCGCAGACAGAGCCCCCAGUGCAGCCUGGGGUGACCUUGGAGAGCUUCCCAGAGCUGAUGUCUGGCAGGGCCUGCUCGUGGGUGGGAGGGAAGGAGGGCCUCAUAUCCCCAAAGGACCACAAAUUAAAUUUUUGAUAUUUCUAAAAUUAAGUUAUAUAUAUAACUACUGUAUUUUUUUUUAAUUUGAAAAGCGUUAAUUUAUUAUAUGUAAACCUUUAAAUACAGCACAAUGU